UUAUCUUAGAGGGUUGGGGAAAGAGGCUCUAUACUCUUCCAGCCCCCAGGGUUCUGUAGCCUCUCACCUUCCUGCCCAUCCUUGAUCCUUGCCUACCCUGUAUUUAUUACCAAGUUUGUUGUUUAUAUGGAUGACUGAAAGGUCCUGCACUAUAACUUAGGCUCCUGGCGCCCCUUUCCUUGGGUCCUUUUGUUCCUUGCCCCUGUCCAGCCCUGGACAAUUGGCUCUACCUCAGCAACUUUAUAGCAGAAACAGUGCAAAUAAAAAUCCCUCAGUGACCUCACUAGUUGUGAGUAUAUUGACCUGGGAUAAGAUUGGGACUGUCAGACUGUGUGAGGUGGGUUUGUGUGCUUGGUGUUAGUGACUGCCUGUAGUCAUAAUGAGGGCAUGGUUCAUAAUGGGAAUCUGACUGCAUUCAUUCAGUAAAUGCUUUCUAAAGGCUUUUCUAUGCCAGAUAUUAAAGUAGGCCUACUUGUAAGGAUACCUUCUGAGACUUUCAGAGGAGAAAUAACCAAAUUAGAGAGGACAGAAGAUACCAUGUAGUCUAACCAGCAAUUACCAGCUCAGCUGAGAGUUAUCCAAGACAUUUUAGGAGACUUCUGAAGAUUUGACCUAUCCGAGUACUGAAGAUGAGCUCCUGUUAGCAAGCCUAUAGACAAUGUAUUACAGAUUGUGCAGGAAUUGGUGCCGGCCUCCUCCAGUAUCACAGUGCAGCAGGAGUGAGCGAGCUACCGCCCCGGAAAUGACGCACUGCCCUGCUGGCGGUGCGGAAGUGGAGAUGGCGGAGCUGUACGUGAAGCCUGGCAAUAAGGAACGUGGCUGGAACGACCCGCCGCAGUUCUCCUACGGGCUGCAGACUCAGACUGGUGGACCCAAACGUACGCCCCUUACUAAGAGGGUUGCGGCUCCGCAGGAUGGAUCCCCUAGAGCCCCAACUUCAGAAACUUCUGGACCACCUGCAGUGGAUCAUCCACCUCCUUCCAGUAAGGCGUCCAGACCUCCACCUAUGGGGACUUGUCCUGCUACUGGUGUGGAACCCCUACACUCCCCAGCCAUUGAGUCUGAGGCUCUGAUAGAAGAUGUGCUGAGACCUUUGGAACAGGCAUUGGAGGACUGCCGCGCCCACACGAAGAAGCAGGUAUGUGAUGAUAUCAGCCGGCGUUUGGCACUGUUUCAAGAACAGUGGGCUGGAGGGAAGUUGUCGACACCUGUGAAGAAGAGGAUGGCGAUACUAGUGCAAGAACUUUCACACCACCAGUGGGAUGCAGCAGAUGACAUUCACCGCUCACUCAUGGUUGACCAUGUGACUGAGGUCAGUCAGUGGAUGGUGGGAGUUAAAAGAUUAAUUGCAGAAAAGAGAAGUCUGUCUUCAGAGGAAGCCAAAGAAGAGAAAUCUACAGUGGUACCUGAGAACCAGACAAUACCAGGCUUCCAACAGUCUUCAUAAUCUUGGGAGCUCCCCAGACUCACUUCACAUGACUUACUAUGCCUUGGUGUGGAAGGCCCUCUUCUCACUUGGCUCCCUUUUACCACCAGGGAGACUGUUGGUCCUGUUGGGCAUGACCAAAGAUCCUACCUGGGCCACUGCAAGAUCACUUGUUACUCAUGUACAUUUCAAUAAACAUCUCGAUAGUGGGAAGUGGGUAGGAAAGGUGA